UGUAACAACCUAAGCUAUAUACGAUGGUUUCAAUGAAGAAUCUGGUCGGUGCAGUGGCUAUAUGUGUGAUAUCAGUGCUGAUGUACAAGAAUCUCUCUAGUACAGUGUCCGAGAUACCACGAGGGACUGUGAUUCUAAUAUGUGGAGCAAGCAGUGGUAUUGGAGAGGAACUUGCAUACCAGGCAGCUGAAAAGGGAGCUUACUUGGUUCUAGUUGCUCGAUCAGAGGACAAACUUCUCAGAGUCCAAGAGCAGGCUCUCAAAAAAGGAGCAGCAGCAGUUGAGGUUAUUUCUUAUGACUUUUCUAAUGUAGUGGGAAGCAGUAUUGUAGUCAACAAAACGGUGGAAAGGUUUGGAAAACUAGACUACCUCGUUCUGAAUCAUGCAGCCUUCCCGUUAGGACCCUUCUUGGCAAAUCAAUACAUGCAGGAACCAUCCUACAUCGAUAGAAUCUUCAAAGUUAACUUUUUUAGCAUGAUUGAGAUAGCACUUCAUGGGUUGCCACAUCUGGAGGCAAGUUCAGGACAUCUAUUUGUAACAUCGUCUACUUUUGGAGAAGUUCCCAUUAAUUAUGCGAUGUCGCUUUAUUGCGCCUCCAAACACGCGCUGAACGGAUUCUUCUACAGUCUGCAGCAAGAACUGCUAGCUAAGAAGUCUCCAGUCUCUCUAACAAUCGGAGCCCUAGGUCUUAUCUGGACUCCAGACAUGGAGAGUCUCUGGAAAGAUGAUUCAAUUCCCGUGGAUUUAAUCGCUGGUACUAUGGAACGAGCUGCUAAAGAGAUGUUGGACUCGUAUACCACCAGACCUAGAACUCUGACAUACCCGGCUUUCCCUAACAACUUCAUGAGGGCGAGCUGGUACUUCAACCCCUGGUAUCAGGAAUCAGCUGUGGCACAAGGAGAUCAAGAUGGGUAUGAGGCCGGUUUAGCGAAGUGGGAGAAAAAGAUCGAGGUAGCUCGUGAGAGACGAUUCAGUCAGGGCUACAGUGAAGUGAGCAGCGAACAACCAAGUGUGUAACAUUUCGACAUUAUUGGAAAUAGUUUGUUAGAUUAUAACUUGAACUCUGAACAUGACCCUUAUCACUAUGGUCAUAAUAAGUCCGUAUAUUAUCAUUAUUUUGUUAACUGUAUUAUUAUUACCCUAAUAUAAUGCACAUAUUUUAAUUUUUAUUAAAUGCUGACCCUCUGACGUGAAAUAAAAUUAAUAUUUUAAAA